AUGUCCAAACCGGGCCACACGAUCCAAGCAGCCGAGAGGUGGCGUGCUCCAAUUAGCGUUCUCUUCAGCCGAGUCCGUCCUCACUCAGACGCAUCAUUAAGAGCGGAAGUCGAUGAGUUGACGGAAGUUGCGUCAAUAAGCGGAAGUGUGGCCGGGAUCCGGCCUGGGCUGCGGUCCCCUCUGGGCUGCCGCCCACUUUGGGCUGCUGCAAUGGAAUUCAGCGCCAAUUCCCUCCGGGAGAAGCUGCAGCGAGAGCUGGAAGCGGAGCACGUGGAAGUGGAGGAUACGACAAGCAACCGUUGCGCGUCCAGCUUCCGCGUCCUGGUGGUGUCCUCCAAGUUCGAAGGGAAGCCGCUGCUCCAGAGACACCGGCUGGUCAACGCGUGCUUAGCACAAGAGCUCCCGCACAUCCAUGCUUUUGAGCAGAAGACCCUGACCCCAGAGCAGUGGACCCUUCAAAAGCAAAAAUGA